UUGUGUUUGGAUAUCUCCAAGCCCCACUAUCAGGCAGAUAACAAGAAAAACAGAGACCAUGAGGAUCAAAAGCUUUGGACUCCUUUGUGUAUUGGUUCUGGUCUCCCAGAUGCUACUAGCCAACUGUGAAAGACAGAAAGAAAGAAAAAAGGGAAGACAGGGCAUAGAACACAGUGGAAAAAAACAAACUGAAUCUAACCAAGAAGAUGGAAAAGGGGGAAAGACAAAAGGAGGAAAAGCAUCUCCUAAAGGCAAGUUUAAAACCAAAGAAAAUGCUGAGUGCACCUGGGCAGUGACCAACAUCAAUGCUGCUACUGUGCGUGUAGACUGCAAGAAUGGUGACAGUGAGUUCUGGUGUGAGUUCUCUGGAGACCCUUCCACCUGCCCACAGUAUGCAGCAAACCAGAAAUCCUACUGGAAACAAGUCUCCCGAUCCCUAAAGAAGCAGAAGCAGAUCUGUCAAGACCCCAAAAGUGCCCUAAAACCUAAACUAUGUAGGAAAGGCCAACGAAGUGCUCAUCUCAAGCUGACCCACUCAAGCCUGCUGACAUCCGUGGGUCCUACAAAAGGGAACACAAUUGAUCAGGCAAAAGAACUUGUUCCAACUCCAGCAGCUGCCUUUGUGACUGAAAAAAAGCUAGAACACAGUCCCCAAGACUGUGUAGAAGACAUAGAUUAUAUUGAUCAGAGAAAGGUGGCUGAGGAAUACUGUCCAGAAAGCUUGCUUUCUUUCUGCAACUUUUUUAUCACAAUGGUGCAAGACAAAAGGUGCUGAGGAAGUGCUUUUAAAGCUCUGUAUCAUGAAAGCUGGACCUCAUCUAAGUUACUGCAAACUACUCCAGAUUUUAUUCUUGUGUUAUAUAGUGUAUAUAUUUAAAAAGGAAUAUAUUUUUCUGAUUUUUUAUAUACAUAUCAGACUACACUUGACAUAGGUGAAGAUGAUAUAGAUUUUAUUUUGCAUAGGUUGCUACACAGAUGUUACCAAGGGAUGUCACAUACUCUGCACAGAAAUAUAUAAGUAGUUGUCUUACCCCCUCUUGGAGCUGUGCUAGCCAAAGUGAUGAAUUCAGUGCUAUGCACUUCUUGGUUAUGUACCAUAGUUUUGACCUAAAUAUUAAGAAAAAUAAACUUCCAGAUCUUUUCAAAAUAUUCUCUCUGUGUUUUACUAGAUUUCUCAAGAAGUGCUAAGGCUUUGGCAAAGCUGCUAUAGGAUGAAGCUCCUUGUACUAAUUCUGUGGCAGGUAAACAGAGAUGCAGAACUAAAAUGACUUACACAAGUUUGUGCAUAUGCCCAGAACUGGACCCCUUACUCAAGCAGCUAAAGCACUUGUUCUCAACACUGCCUGU